CUGGGAGCCAGACUGGGUCGACCCAGAGAGUGAGGUUGACGAGGAGGAGAUCGACGUUACAGACGCCCACUUCCCCAGGAUAGGAGUAGCAGUUCGGGCAUAGGAGCGGACUUAGCGUCAGAUAUCGGCCGAUAGCGGAGAGCGGAUCGAUGGUAGAGCAGGCCAACAGGGUGGAGCUUGAGAUCGACGACGCCCGAUGGCCGAGACCCCCAGAGACAGUAGCGCCAGGUAGGGUGGCACUAGAUCUGCCGGCCAGAGGGGUUUCUGCGGAUGCGAUAGAUAGUCGAUGGUCAUCGACGGUGCUGGUCCUAGACGUACACUUGUGGUUGUACGUCAUCGAGACAUUCGAGCCGGACAGUCAGGGGUGGCGACGACCUGACACGACUAGUAUAGAGGUAGUGAGGCACAUUUACUACUCGCCGGAGGUGCUAGCUACGGUCUAUUAUCACGGCCUCGUACACGAUCAUUGGCAAGAGGAGCAGACCGCGAGGGCGAUCUUACUGGCUAGAGCGGACUCCGCACGCGGCGAGGUAGAGCGACUGCACGGGGGUGUUCGGAGAGUGACGACGACCUUCAGGAUUGGAGGACACUUCCCAUAUCAUAGCACUCGACUGCGUGUGACACUUCUGUGCUUCGUGGCAGAGGAGCCUUGGGGACUUAGGCAUCAAGGCGAGAUCUACUUUGCGGCUCUUGACUUGGACGGCCUCUGCCGAGGGUACACUGACAGGGAUUGGGUGUUGUAUGCGCAGUUUGUAGCAGGGCCGCUUGUAGGCGAGCGAGGACUCCAGCUGAUUGAGUUCCUGCGGGCCAUUGUACCUACCGGGAGCCCUAACCUAUACUCUUUGUACCAGCCCCUAGCCUACUGGACGGCACUAGAGAGAGAGGCUCGGAGGCCUACAGAUCAUUUAGCUGGAGUAGGACAGCUGUUAGCCGAGACUCGUGAGGAGAGGCCGAGCCAUCUCAUCUUGACCAGGGAGGUUGAGGAGUAUUACCGACAGGUAUAUCCAGAGGCAGACGAUCUUGCGUGGUGCGCUGAGGAUCGGGAUUGGGAGGAGUUCGAUGACAUAGACCCUUGGGGUGACCAGGACAAGGGCUGGGGAGAUCUGGCGCGAGCUGAGGGACAAGAGCAGGUAGGUGGAGAGGCGCUGCAGGAGGACGGCUGGGGGCAUCUCCUUCAGGCCGAGGGACAGGAGGAUAUCCCAUGGGGUCGGGGGGUAGAUGAGGACACAGAUGAGGAUAUGCCAGAUGCAUGAGAUGACUAGAGGCAGGGCAUAUCCGAGUGAGGUUUAGAUAAG